GCGCCGUUUGCGUGUCCUUGACGCAACAACAAUCCCCGUCAAUACAGCUCAAAUCUGUUGUUUAUCGCCGAGUGGAAAUUUUGCUAGUCUGAUCAUUUCUCCUGAACAGUGCCGGAUUUAGGCUAUUAUGGCUUCUUUGGGGGAACCUGUUCGACUGGAAAGAGACAUUUCCCGGGCCAUUGAAUUGCUUGACAAGCUCCAGAGGACGGGGGAAGUGCCACCCCAGAAACUGCAGGCACUGCAAAGGGUCUUGCAGAGCGAGUUCUGUAAUGCUGUGCGAGAGGUGUAUGAACAUGUGUAUGAGACAGUGGACAUUAACAGUAGCCCUGAAGUCAGGGCAAAUGCCACAGCCAAGGCCACUGUUGCAGCGUUUGCGGCCAGUGAGGGGCACUCACACCCUCGCGUGGUGGAGCUGCCUAAGACGGAGGAAGGACUUGGCUUCAAUAUAAUGGGAGGGAAGGAACAGAACUCUCCUAUUUACAUCUCACGCAUCAUUCCUGGUGGAAUCGCUGACCGCCACGGGGGCCUCAAGAGAGGCGACCAGCUUCUUUCUGUCAAUGGGGUGAGUGUGGAGGGGGAGCACCAUGAGAAAGCUGUGGAGCUUCUCAAAGCUGCCCAGGGCGCUGUGAAGCUGGUGGUCAGGUACACUCCUAAAGUCCUUGAGGAAAUGGAAUCCCGCUUUGAGAAGAUGAGGUCUGCAAAGCGCCGGCAACAGAACAGCUAUCCCCAAUAGUGUUUUUCAUCACUGGCACGCAAUUCCCUUAUCUUUCACCCUCGUCCAGCCAUCUGUCCCAGUCACAAUUUUAACCUUCUAAAACUUAGCACACUAAGUUUAGUUUGUAUCCACAUAUAUUAUAUUUCUACCUUUUCUACACCCUACCCCUGCGACUUCUGACACUGUCCUCCACACCACGACUCAAGGCAAACACUAGAUUUAUCAUAUUUCUACAAGUAGUUGGUCAUUCACGCUUUACAUGUGCAUUACAUUUUGGGCUGACAUAUUGAAUGCCGUUUGAAGACCUGUGAGACCCACCACAGAUUGAUUGAAGAGAUGGUAUUUUUAUUUAUUUUAGUACAGCCUUUAUAAUGUGCCUCAGGGCAAUACAAUUGUAUUUAGUCUUGUACUGUCAUACUGUCAUUCAAAUUACCCUCAUUUUAAUUUGGGUAUAAUACUAAGCUCAGAUGAUUUAACACUUCAAUAUCAGUUUUACUAAGCAUUUGCAGGAAUGCAAACUUCACACCUGCUAUUUUUGAGGGCAAAAAGAACCGGUAGUAAUAGAAUACAUUUGGGGUAUAGAAUAUAUAUAUAUAUAUAUAUAUAUAUAUCGAAGGAAUUGGGAAUUGUGUGUAAAUUUGAUAUAGAAAUAUUGUAUUUUGUGUUUACCAGUAUAUGAAGGCUAAAUGGAGACUGUUUCACCAUUGUCUCUCUUUUGUUUUUUUUCCUCCUGAAAAUAACGUGUGAACGUUUUGGGAGGUCUGUGUUUAGUAUUCUAAUCUUAAAUUGUUAAGGAAUUAAAUAAUACAUUCUCUGAAUUUAUUUUUAACCUCGUGCGGAUGUUUUUACUGUCUUACAAGCGUUAAAAAUAGAUUUUGCUGUCUCAUAAAAUAUUCAGCAACUUCUAGCUUUUGCAUCCCAUGAAUCAUUUAGAGCCUUCAAAUGUGUAGGUUUUCAGUGGGAUGGGAGAAGCCUUACUAAGCACAGCAUAUGUCUUUUAAAAUUCAAAUAACCUUUUCUCCUUAUGACAGUAAGGGGGGACAGUGUACAAUUUUGAGACCUGAGGCAAACCUGACAUUUUUAAAUAUUUCAAGAGAGCAAUAAGUCAGAACCUUUCGAAACCAGAGGGGUAUUUCACGAACAGGGUCAGUGGAUUUUGAGAUUCCCCAAGAAAGCUGCAUUCCAUAGCCAUUUUUAUAAUUUCUUUGAGUUAUUUUGCUCUAUUCACACUUCAACGGUGUGGCCAACUCAUUCGAGGUUGGUUUACAGUAGGUCGGCCAACUUGUCGCAGCGACGACACAAAAAUGCCAUUGUUGUCGAACACAAACUGACGUUUCCAAAAAGUAUAAACGAGAAAAAGACAAUUGCACUACCACCAGCAUGGUUGUUUGAAAUAGUAAACCCAUUAUUGAAUGGCAUUCAUUAAAAAAUGCAUGUGAUCUACUGGUAUGUGAAACCCACCUUCACUAAUACAGUUCAAAAUAAAGACCAAUAAUGUUGCUAAGCUUUGUUUGAGUUAACAAAGCCAUAUUUUUGGUUGCUGACUUUGAAUGAUUACUUUUGACCUAUAAAAUUAGGUACAUGUCCCAUUUGGGUGAACUAUCCCUUUAAGCUGUGAACUUAAUUUGGCAUCACUGAUUUCAAUUUCAGAUGUUAUUUUUUCACCUGAAUAGUAUAGUUUGUAAUUUUUAUUUUAUGAUGGUCACUCGUGAAUGUACUGUAUAAUUCCAGUUGUAUUGAUAAAAUAGAUUUUAACAUUUUUGCUGAAUUGAAUAAAAUGUAUUCAUCUAAAUCAUAAAACAUUUUGUAUUUCCUUCACUCUAAAGUUUUCUUCACUUCAUAAAGAAAAUAUUCUAUGUUCUAUUCAUACUUUUAAACAGAUGUGUAAAAUAAACAAACGCUUAACAGAUUUGGCACCCCAUAGCAAGUUGGUUACAUGUCGGCUUGCCCCUCAGUAUGAUUACUGAAAUGUUGUCCUUGUCACUGACAUUAAUGGUUUCAACAGAAUGUUCAGGACAGUUACCUUGCCAAUUCCUAGAGCUUUGUGAAACACCCCUCAGGUUUCUACCCUCUUAUAUUUUGGAAGGGUCAAUAAAAUAUUUUUCUAAGUGUUUUCUUUUGAUAUUUUUAUUUUUUACAAGGGAUUUUCAUGAGAGGAAAAAAAUCCUGAAACUAUUUGUAUUCCUUUUCUGACUGUUAUAUUCUUGUUUUGAGUACGAAGACCAAACUUGCAACUUUUAUGAGAACUAUUUGAUAUCAUGUUGAAUGUUUGCUUGUUUUGGACUGUUAGGUCUACUUACAAAAUGUGCUGCUUUCAGUUUAUUCUGUCCAUUUGUAUUGUGUUACGUUGAUGUGGAUGUAUAGAAUUAUUUAGAUCCAAAAACUGCACAAAAUAAAUUAUACCAUGAAAAAUGUU